UCCAUCCUCACUGCCCUGCCAUGAGCUCGAAGUGCCCUCGAUGUGCAAAGCCAGUGUUCUUCGCGGAGAAGGUGAGCUCCCUGGGGAAGAACUGGCACCGUUUCUGUCUGAAAUGUGAACGCUGUAAUAAGAUUCUUUCUCCUGGAGGCCAUGCUGAGCAUGAUGGUUUGCCGUACUGCCACAAACCCUGCUACGGAACGCUGUUUGGUCCAAAAGGUGUGAAUAUCGGAGGGGCAGGGUCUUAUGUCUAUGACGCGCCCAAUCAGACAGCUUAUGAUGGACCUUCAGAGGUUUCACCCACAACACCAUGGUCCAACUCCCAUAUCGAGCAUCAUCAACCCAAAGUACCCUCCGCCCCAACCCGCAUGUUUUCCGGAGAGACAUCUCUGUGUCCCGGCUGUGGGAAAGCUGUUUACUUCGCGGAGAGAGUGAUGUCACUUGGUCGUAACUGGCACCGGCCGUGUCUGCGGUGCGAGAGGUGCAGGAAAACACUGACCUCUGGAGGACAUGCUGAGCACGAGGGUCGGCCGUACUGCCACGUGCCCUGCUAUGGCUACCUGUUUGGGCCUAAAGGCGUGAACAUCGGCGAGGUGGGCUGUUACGUCUACGAGCCGGAUGAGAACGGAGAGAACGAGAUACUCGGUUAACUUACAGCCAGCUGAAAUGAACACAAAGUGGUGGAAUGAUUUGAACCUCCCCGCCAACAGCCAUGUUUUUAUUUUUUAUAAAUUGAAACGAAUAAUAAUCAGCUGAAAACGUCACACUAUUUAAUAUUUUUUUAACCUUCUGUCUGCACUGUAUCAGUAAAAAACACAAAGACAUGAUGUCACACGCUUUAUCGACCUUCAUGCUUUAUAAUCACGCCAGUAUAUUUACAUUUAUUUAAGAUAAACAAUUUAAAAAAUCUGCAGUUCAGUUUGCAAAUACAUAUGAUCAGAGCUGAGUGCUCACACCACCAUGUCAUGUGAAAUUUAAUAAAAAAAAUAAAAAUAAAA